ACAAGGAUAGAUGAGCAAAAAAAAAAAAUCCCAAUCACCUAGGAAAACAUUGGAGACAAUGGAUUUCUUGAGCUUGGUUUUGUAUCUAUUGUUAACCUUCACACUCCUCAGGGCCCUCCUUGCACUUGUAAGACCAACCAAACCCCAAAACCUCCCACCCGGACCAACCCCACUCCCCAUCAUAGGCAACCUUCUCAAACUAGGGUCCAAACCCCACAAAUCCCUAGCUGAGCUAGCCAAGACCCAUGGACCCAUCAUGACCCUAAAACUUGGCCACAUUACCACUGUGGUCAUUUCUUCAUCAACCAUAGCCAGAGAAGUCCUCCAAAAGCAAGACCUCGCAUUCUCCACCCGAUCCGUCCCCAACUCACUUUAUGCCUACGACCAUUACCAAUAUUCUGUGGUUUGGUUACCCAUCUCCGAACGAUGGCGAAGCCUUCGAAAAGUCAUGAAUUUGAAUAUUUUUGCGAGUAACAAACUUGAUAUUUACCAACAUUUGAGGUGCCAAAAAAUACAGGAACUCUUAACCAGCGUAUAUAAAAGUGGUCAGGAAGGCGUGGCAGUGGAUAUUGGACAAGCAGCUUUUAAGACUUCGUUAAAUUUGUUAUCGAAUACAAUUUUUUCAAUGGAUUUGGCCGAUCCGAAUGAGGAUUGGGGUGAAGAGUUCAGGGAUUUGGUGUUGAAUAUUAUGGAGAUGAUAGGGAAGCCCAAUUUGGUGGAUUAUUUUCCGGAGUUGGCUAAGAUUGAUCCACAGGGAAUACGGCGUAGUAUGAAGGGUAGUUUUGAGAAAGUGCUUCGACUCUUUGGUCGAUUGAUUGAUGAACGUUUGGAGAAGAGGAGAUUGGGCAAGACUCUGGGAAACGAUGAUUUGCUUGAUGUGCUUCUUAAUAUCAGUGAAGAGAAUGGUGAUGAGUUUGACAGAACUCAAAUCGAACGGUUGUGCUUGGAUCUAUUUGAUGCUGGGACAGAUACAACUUCAAGUACAGUAGAGUGGGCAAUGACCGAGCUACUAUGCAAUCCAGAAGUUCUAAAGAAGGCCAAAGUCGAACUUGAAAAUGUUAUCGGCAAAGGAAAAUCAAUAGAAGAAUCAGAUGUUGGACGCUUGCCUUACUUGCAAGCAAUUGUGAAAGAAACCUUGAGGAUACACCCACCGGCUCCAUUCUUAAUUCCUCGUGAAGUGAACACAGAUGUUGAAGUCUCUGGCUACAAAAUUCCCAAGGGGACAAAAGUUUUGGUAAAUGCUUGGGCUAUUAGUCGUGACCCGAACACAUGGCCAAAUGCUACCUCAUUUAUGCCCGAGAGGUUCUUGGACUCGGAAAUUGAUUUUCGUGGCCGGGACUUUGAGUUCAUUCCCUUUGGUGCAGGGCGAAGAAUUUGUCCAGGCUUGCCACUGGCGAUAAGGAUGAUUCCCUUGAUGUUGGGUUCGUUGAUAAACUCGUUUGAUUGGAAGCUUGAAAAUGGAAUUGCAGCAGAGGACUUAGACAUGGAGGACAGAUUUGGUAUCACAUUACAAAAGGAUCAACCUCUUCGUGCUAUCCCAAUCAUUGUGUGAUGAUAAUACUAUGUCUUUUUUUUGUGUUCAAAUAAAGUCAGAAAAAUUAUGUGACAAUUUUUCUGCCCCUCAAAAUAUAUUGUUAUGUUUUUCUUCGCUGAAAAAUGAUAUUUUUCAACCGAGGAAUAUGACGAUGUUACGUAUUAAGAAAAAAAAUUAAGGAACAAGAAAAAUGUAGUCUAAAAAGUGAUCAGAAAAUGAAGUAUAUGCAUUAUAUAUUUAAACUAAAUGUCAUGUGGGUUAUACUAAAAGUAAAUACGGUCUAUAUUUCA